UGUGCUUGAAAAGAAAAUAGAAAACACAAGAAAAUUAUGUGCCGCAAUAUUUGGAAAAACUAAGAAUUAAAAUUCAACUACGGUUUGUUUAUAAAAAAUUACCAAAAUUGUCGGCGCUGAUGUAACCGAGAAAGUGUGCUUUAAUAUUCUUGGUGAAAUUGCGAUAUAAGAGAAUAUAGAAAUAUUUUAGAAUAAAUAAAAUAUAUCAGGCAAUAACUGCGAAUACAUACGAAAAAUAUGCUGAAAUUGAAUUUAACUCGAGCGACAUUGUUCAGGAAACUACGAUCGCAGGUGACUUUCUUGAGCACUAGCCAAAUAUUACAGGAUAUUCAACCCUUAAGUAAAGAUAAGGUAAAUUUGGCAACGCCGGUAGUUGUAACACAGCCGGAACGUAAAUUCAAAGAAGGUCAGGAGUAUUACGGCUUUGAGUGUGUGCGUUGCGAGCAUGUGCCUGAAUUCGGUAUAAUGUCUUACACGUUUCGCCAUUUAGGCACGAAAACAGAACUGUGGUAUUUAGAUCGCAAAGAUCUAAACAACGUAUUUUCUGUGAACUUUCGUACUACGCCAUUCGACUCAACAGGAUUGCCUCACAUAUUAGAGCACAGCGUACUUUGUGGUUCUGAAAAGUAUCCAGUCAGAGAUCCUUUUUUCAAAAUGCUUAAUCGUUCGGUAGCCACAUUCAUGAAUGCCAUGACCGGCCCUGAUUAUACCAUGUAUCCCUUUUCGUCGAUGAAUGAGAUUGAUUUUCGGAAUCUUCAAAAAAUAUAUUUGGAUGCUGUUUUUAGGCCUCAAUUAGCGUAUUUGGAUUUCUUGCAAGAGGGAUGGCGAUUAGAGCAUUCGAAUUUACACGAUCGUAAAUCCGAAUAUGUAAUCAAGGGUGUGGUAUAUAAUGAAAUGAAGGGAGCUUUCUCCGAAAAUGCUUCAGUUUUCGGUCAGAACCUGUUGAAUAAUUUAUUACCUGAUCACACCUACGGUUAUGUAUCGGGCGGUAACCCUUUAGAGAUACCAAAAUUGACACAUAAUAAUCUGAUAGAAUUUCAUCGAAAAUAUUAUCAUCCUAGCAAUGCGCGUAUCUACACUUACGGAGCAUUUGACUUGAAUAAAACAUUAGAAUACGUUCACAAGGAAUAUUUAAGUAAAUACCUGCAUAUCGACAAUGCAUAUAGUCGUAUACCAAAUCAGCCUCGAUGGGAAAAUCCUCGCAAUGUACACAUUUCUAGCCGUUUUGACAACAUGGGAGCUCCAUUUGAGAAACAGAAUCAGAUUGCAAUUGCCUUACUUAUGUCAGAUGUCACCAACAUACGCGAAACGUUUGUGCUGUAUGUUCUGUCGGAGCUAUUGGUGCGAGGACCCAAUUCGACGUUUUAUCGUAAUCUCAUUGAACCAAACUUUUCUGGCGGCUAUAAUCAAACCACCGGAUUCGAUCCACAAGUGAAAGAUACUUUUUUUUGUGUAGGUUUACAAGAUUUGAGAGUAGACGAUUUUGGAAAGGUGCAGAAAAUUUAUGACGCAACUAUUAGUGAGGUAAUGGAAAGAGGCUUCGAUGAGAAGCAUAUUGAAAGCGUUCUGCAUAAUAUAGAAUUAUCCCUAAAACAUCAGAGUCCUCAAUUUGGUUUGGGGUUAUUAUUUAACUCAACACCAUUGUGGAAUCAUGAAGGCGAUGUCGUCGAAAAUUUAAAGGUAUCUAAAAUGAUAUCUAAUUUCCGCGCGCAAUUAGAGGAAGAUCCGAAAUUUUUGCAAAGGAAAGUUGAAGAGUAUUUUGCGAAUAAUACACACAGGUUGACACUGACGAUGUCGCCGGAUGAUAUGUACGAAGAUAAUUUCAAAGCAGCAGAACUGAAUUUACUGAAACAAAAGGUCAUAUCAUUAGAUCCUGCGAAAUGCACUGAAAUAUAUGAAAAUGGCUUAAAACUAGAAGAAGCUCAAAAGGCUGAACCUAAUGUUGAGAUAUUGCCCUGUCUACGUUUAAACGAUGUAAAAGAUUCAUUAAAAUUACCACCUUUGAAUGUAUUAAAAAUAAGUGAAGUGCCCACACAAAUGUGUAAUGUUCACACAAACGAAAUUUCCUAUUUCAAAUGCUAUUUUGAUGCUACUUGUUUAAAACAAGAGGAAGUCCUCUUGAUACCAUUGUUUUGCAACGUUAUUAACGAUAUGGGCACCGAGAGCUACCACUACAGGGAAUUUGAUAAACUUGUCUUAUCAAAAACUGCUGGAAUUGAAUUUAAAUUGCAUUUUGCUGAAAAUAUUUACGAUAACAAAAGCUACAACUUAGGAAUUUUGAUGACUACUCAUGCGUUAGACAAAAAUGUGCGAGAAAUGUUCAGAUUGUGCAAAGAACUGUUAAUGAACUUCAAAUUGGAUGAUAAGGAAAGAGCAAAAAUGCUUAUAGAUAAUUACAUAUCUGGUAUUUCAGUGGGAAUAGCUAAUUCGGGUCACAUGUAUGCUAUGCAAUCUUGUGCGGGCCUUAUUACCGAUUCCGCAAAACUAAAAUCGAUGUUAGCCGGCGUGGAACACAUAGAAUAUAUGAAACAAUAUGUCCGCGAUCAUAGUUGCGCGGAGAUAAUGAAAAGGAUGGAAAUUUUGGGAAGAAAAUUGUUCAGUAAGAUGGUUAUGCGCACCGCGGUUAAUACUUCUGAGCAAUUUUAUCCAUCAUUUAUAAAAUAUUACGAGGAGUUUUUGUCGGACAUACCGAAACAAAUUGUGAAUAAGGUAGAGACUAAGGUUAAUUUGUUGGAACCAAGCUGCCAGCAUUUUGUGAUGAAUGUACCCGUCAAUUAUUGCGCCAAAACUAUAUUAACUGUUCCGUAUACUAAUCGAGAUCAUCCAGCUUUAAGGGUGCUAGCUAAAUUUAUAUCUGCCAAGUAUUUGCUGCCCGUAGUACGAGAGCAAAACGGCGCCUACGGUGCUGGCGCUAAAAUUGGUUCAGAUGGUAUAUUUAGUUUCUACAGUUACCGCGACCCUAACGCGAUAAAGACAUUACAAGCCUUUGAUGAAGUUUAUAAAUGGUUGCAGGAUAACGAUAGCAUACUAACAGAACAAACCUUAUUUGAAGCGAAAUUGGGUGUAUUGCAACAAUUGGAUGCUCCGAUUGCUCCUGGUAAUCUCGGUAUUGAUUUCUUCUUAUAUGGUGUGUCUCAAGAAAUGUUCUUCAAAUAUCGUACGCGUAUGCUUUCCCUAAAUUUAAUUGAACUUAGGCAGGUCAUUAACAAAUACUUUAAAAAUUCUCCAUUGCAUUACGGCAAAUGCAUUCUAGGACCGGAAAAUAAACAAUUGGAAGAGCAAACAAAACUCGCAUGGAAUAUUAUUAAUUAAAGGACAUUACGAAGUUCUGUUACUUUAUCAUGAUUUUUUUGUACAUUAUACGAGUCCGCGCAUUAUUUUAACUUUGUCUUCUUUUUUUAUAUGAUUUUUAUUGAAAAAUGUUGUUAUAUUUAUGAGUAUAAAUAUGUUGUUAAAAAUGAGAAAAAAAGAGAAAGAGUAAUCCGCCUGCUACACGUUUGUGCACAAACACACAGAUAUUCUCCUUUUUGUUUUCUUUUUAAAUUGAAGAAUUCUACAACCGCUUAUGCAAAUUUUUUGCAUGCGCCUAAUGUUGAUAUAAGGUAGCUGAGUCACGUUUUGAGGGAAUAAAACGAGAUUAAUAUUUAGAUUUCGAUUAUUCCGUACAAUUUAAAAAUAAAAAGCGAAGAAGAAAAUUGCACGCCUCGUUGACAAAUGCUCUAAUAUAACAUAAACGGCAAAAAGUAAAUCUUUUCAAUAAACUGUAAAGGAAAAAAUGGAAAAUUCCUAAUUUCAAAUUAUUUUAUGAGAUUUUAG